AUGGCAUCCGAAUCUAUCAUCAAGAAGAUCGUCUGGUACGGUCUUACAAGUCCUCUUCAGCAAGGACCCAGACUCGGCAGUCGAGUCCUCCAGCGCGUCGCUGCACUCAAGAAAUACGACAUUACCUUUAUCGGCCGUAAAGAGCCUUCUGAGUACGAGAAUGUGCCAGAAGGUAUUCCAAUCGUACAAGUCGACUUGAAAGACCAUAAGAGUCUUGUCAAAACAUUGACGGGGGCUGAUGCAGUUAUUGUGUUCACCCAUUUCAAUCCAGGCGGAGAACUCGACAUUGUUCAAAUUGCGCUCAUCAACGCUGCUAUAGAGGCUGGAGUCAAGCUCUUCGUGCCUUCAGAAUGGGCGCCCGACACUGCGGGUGGGAAUGGAGCAACAAUUGCAAGAAUAGGACCAAACACUUUGCCUCCUAAUCCCGCCGUCGCAGCAAAGAGGGUAGUUCACAACUACUUGUUAUGUAGAUCUGCUACAAACCAGAUUGACUUUGUAAGUCUACAUGUUGGCAACCUUCUCAUAAACUUGAGCGCUUUUGCAUCUUUGGACAUCAACAAACGCACCGCUUCGCUUGGCGACGGUGGGCACGGCCUCAUCUCCGUAUCUAGCAUUGAUACGCUCGUAAAAGGUCUCGACAGUCUUUUGACCCAAUAUCCGAAAUAUAAAAACGACUUCUUUUACAUCUGCGACGGCGAAACCAGCUUGCAGCGUCUCGUCAAAACCUUCCAGGAGGCCUCAGAGACCAAUGAGCCAUGGGAAGUCACUUCGUUUUCGAUCGCCGAAAGAAAGCAGCAAGCAGAUGAGAACAUGCGCAACGGCAUAUUCACCAAUAAAGAAUUCGCGGCUGUUCUUACGUUUCCAUUUACGGGUGGUUUGACAGUAUGGCAAAAUCCGGACAAUGAGAGGCUCGGCCUGGAACCGCCUAGCGACGAGAAGGCCCAGAAAGUUGUCGAUGAUUUUGUGCAGAAUUCGAUUGCAAGGGGAUAUGUUAGUUAG